AUGCGCAUCCCAUACGCACCUACCGAACCGGCAGCCGAUGCAUCGGAGACGACCAAAACAGUCUAUGGCCGCAUCACGGAACGCAGAAAGCCUCGUCCUCUUCUGCCCCUAGAUCUGGCACUGCUGCACAACACAGCCAUCGCCGACGGUUGGAACAGUCUGCUCGGAGCAGUGCGAUCAAAGACAUCACUCAACCCUGGCCUGAUGGAGAUGGCUGUUAGCCGCAUCGCAGUACUCAACAAGGCAACAUUCGAAUGGAACUCGCACGCUCCUCUAGCGCUCAAGGGAGGACUGUCACGAGCUUCGCUAGAUCUUGUCCGCACUGCGGCAAUCUUUCCUCCAGGUGGCAGAGAGAAGACAAAGGAAGAGCAAGAGACAUUCAGCGACGAGGAGUGGGCAGUAUUGUGCUAUGCCGACCAAGUCACCAAGAACGUCGAGGUCGACGAAGAGGUGUUUGAUGGGCUGAGAAAGUUCUUGGACAACACAGGAAUCAUGGAGAUGACGGCGACGGUGGCGACAUACAACAUGGUCAGCAGAUUCCUUGUGGCCAUGAACGUGGCAGAGAAGAAUGGGCACGAGAUUGUGAUGCCUGAGCAGUGA